GCUGAAGCCGCUCUGCUUUCCCAUCCAGAAACAAAGCAACUUCUCUCUGCUGCCCCGGUGACUCUUCUCCGCUCAUCGCCUGUCUAAGAUGGAUUUCUUCAAACUCUCUCCUGCCUAACAUGGAUGCCCCUUCACAUCCUCCAGCAUCUCCAUCAUCAUCAUCACCAUCUCCUUCCUCAGCUGAGUCGGAGAGCAGUUCUAUUUGCUUCUGCAGCCAAGCGGACAAGCAGCGCUUUUUUUGCCUUAUGGAUACGAGGAAGCACUCGCCCAACCUGCCGGAGUGAAAGAGAAAAACACACAUCUGGGAGAUAUACCGAUUCAGGGAAUAACAACUAGUGUGCACCACGCAAGAACCAUGAAGAUUACCUCCCUGCUGGUAUCUAACGGCAGAUUGAGGUGCAGGCUCCUACUGCUGCUAUUACACUGUGUGGGAUAUUCUCAUGGUAUGCCACACGUGUUGAGAUUCGGAGGGAUAUUUGAGUCCAUCGAGAGUGGUCCAUCGGGUGCUGAGGAACUCGCCUUUAAAUUUGCUUUGAAUACAAUCAACAGGAACAGAACUCUACUGCCAAACACCACUCUUACAUACGAUAUCCAAAGGAUAAACAUCUACGACAGUUUUGAGGCCUCCAGGAAAGCCUGUGACCAGCUUUCCCUGGGAGUGGCGGCUAUUUUUGGCCCCUCUCACAGUUCUUCGGCCAAUGCUGUCCAGUCCAUCUGCAAUGCCUUGGGGGUGCCCCACAUCCAGACUAAGUGGAAGCACCAGGUUUCAGACAACAAAGAUGUCUUCUACGUCAGCCUAUAUCCAGACUUCUCAUCCCUCAGCCGAGCAAUCCUAGACUUGGUGCACUUCUUCAAAUGGAAGACAGUCACGGUGGUUUAUGACGACAGCACCGGUCUGAUUCGACUGCAAGAACUUAUAAAGGCCCCGUCAAGGUACAACAUUCGAUUAAAGAUCCGGCAACUUCCUGCAGAGACCAAGGAUGCUAAACCAUUGUUAAAGGAGAUGAAAAGGGGGAAGGAGUUCCACAUCAUCUUUGACUGUGGACAUGAAAUGGCUGCUGGGAUCCUAAAACAGGCUCUGGCCAUGGGAAUGAUGACAGAAUAUUAUCAUUACAUCUUUACAACACUGGAUCUAUUUGCCCUUGAUGUGGAACCAUACCGAUACAGUGGUGUGAAUAUGACUGGAUUUAGGAUUCUCAACACUGAGAACAGCCAGGUGGCAUCCAUCAUUGAGAAAUGGUCCAUGGAACGACUGCAGGCCCCCCCUAAACCUGACUCUGGCCUUUUGGAUGGCUUCAUGACAACGGAUGCUGCACUCAUGUACGAUGCUGUACACAUGGUGGCUGUGGCUGUGCAGCAGUCUCAGCAGAUCACUGUCAGCUCGUUACAGUGCAACCGACACAAGCCUUGGCGCUUUGGGAACCGCUUCAUGGCCCUCAUCAAAGAGGCCCACUGGGAUGGCCUGACUGGGAGGAUAACUUUCAACCAGACCAAUGGCUUGAGGACAGACUUUGACCUUGAUGUCAUCAGCCUGAAGGAGGAGGGGCUAGAGAAGAUUGGCACCUGGGACCCUCCAAGUGGCCUGAAUAUGACAGACAGCCAGAGAGGGAAGACUACGAACGUCUCUGAUUCCUUAUCCAACCGAACACUCAUCAUCUCGACUAUACUGGAGGAGCCAUAUGUGAUGUUCAAGAAGUCUGAUAAGCCCCUGUAUGGAAAUGACCGCUUUGAGGGCUACUGCAUAGACCUGCUGAGAGAGCUUGCCAACAUCUUGGGCUUUACCUAUGAAAUUCGAUUGGUGGAAGAUGGGAAAUAUGGUGCCCAGGAAGAAAACACUGGCCAGUGGAACGGUAUGGUGAAGGAAUUAAUGGACCACAGAGCUGAUCUGGCAGUGGCCCCCCUAGCCAUCACAUAUGUGCGUGAGAAGGUUAUUGACUUCUCAAAGCCCUUCAUGACGUUGGGUAUAAGUAUACUCUACCGCAAGCCAAAUGGGACCAACCCAGGGGUCUUCUCCUUCCUCAACCCUCUCUCACCCGAUAUCUGGAUGUAUAUUCUGCUGGCUUACUUGGGUGUCAGUUGUGUGCUGUUUGUCAUAGCCAGGUUUAGUCCCUACGAGUGGUAUAACCCCCACCCUUGCAACCCUGAGUCGGAUGUAGUGGAAAACAAUUUCACCCUGCUAAAUAGUUUCUGGUUCGGAGUUGGAGCUCUCAUGCAGCAAGGAUCUGAGCUCAUGCCGAAAGCCCUCUCCACCAGAAUUGUAGGAGGAAUCUGGUGGUUUUUUACACUCAUCAUCAUUUCCUCCUACACUGCAAACCUGGCAGCCUUCCUCACUGUGGAGAGGAUGGAGUCGCCCAUCGACUCUGCUGACGACCUGGCCAAGCAGACCAAGAUAGAGUAUGGUGUUUUAGAGGAUGGCGCGACUAUGACUUUCUUCAAGAAAACCAAGAUCUCCACAUAUGAUAAAAUGUGGGAGUUCAUGAGCAGUCGGCGGCAUUCUGUGAUGGUGAAGAAUGUUGAAGAGGGCAUUCACCGAGUGCUAACCUCCGACUACGCUUUCCUCAUGGAGUCGACCACCAUUGAGUUUGUCACACAGCGCAACUGCAACCUUACGCAGAUCGGAGGCCUCAUUGACUCACAAGCCUAUGGGGUCGGCACCCCAAUGGGUUCUCCUUACAGAGAUAAGAUUACAAUUGCCAUCCUGCAGCUUCAGGAGGAAGGCAAGCUGCAUAUGAUGAAGGAGAAGUGGUGGCGAGGAAAUGGCUGCCCAGAAGAGGAAAGUAAGGAGGCCAGUGCCCUCGGGGUGCAGAAUAUUGGCGGAAUAUUCAUUGUCUUAGCCGCUGGACUUGUUCUCUCAGUGUUCGUGGCAGUGGGAGAGUUCCUCUACAAGUCCAAACAGAAUGCUGAACUUGAAAAGGCCCAAUGGCGACAACGAGAUAAGAAACAGGUCCUUUUGCAGUGCCAUGGUGGACGAACUGAGGGUCUCACUGAAGUGCCAGCGCCGUCUCAAACACAAGCCUCAGCCCCCCGUCAUGGUGAAAACGGAGGAGGUUAUCAACAUGCACACAUUCAACGACCGCAGACUGCCAGGGAAAGAGACCAUGGCAUGAAAUGGGAAUCACUUUCUCACCCGCACCUUUGCAAUGAGGAGGUGUGUAGAGACGCUUGGGGGAAACGUGGGGGGAAUUGGUGAAAGGGAGGGGUGAGAAUUUGAGUUAUUUUUGACACAGUGCAGGAGGUGCUUGAGAGACAAAGUCAUUCUUAUUACUUAAAGAUUACUUUGGAUUCAAAAAUAUUUCCUGUGGAAAUAACUUGAACCUAAGUGAUGUUUCAGCAAGUUACCUCAUUAUUCGUAUCACAAUAACAUAAACGACAGGCAGAGUUGUCAAAGUAAAAAAAAUGCAGAAUGACUUUUAGGUGGAAUGGACCUGUCCUCUUCGGUGGAUACUGCUUAAAAAACAGGGCCUGGUCAAGCAUCUUGCUCACAUUUUGCUGUGACUAUCGAUAAAUUCUAUGGGGGACUGGAAAGAAACGUGUAAUUAUUUAUUUUCAAACAAGAAUUGGGUGCGCAAAACAGGCUCAAGUCAAAUUUAACACCCAGCCUCAAAGACUACGGCGAGCUGAUUUCAAAAUGUACAGGGAAGUGUUGCUUAGUCACAUACUGUAAUUGAUCAAGAAAAUAAUAUAUUGUAUAUCAUCCAUCAGGCAAUAAGUGAUAUCAUUUAUUUGUGUUUCAGAGUACUAACACGUUUCAAAUGUAGUGUGUUGAGAGGAUGCAGAGUUACUGUAUAAACAAAGGAUGCAUGGUUUAGGGGCUGUAUAGCAAGCUGUUGAGUUCCAUGUACUGUAUGAGCCUGUAGUCGCAUAUAGGGAUCCAUGAAACGCACACACCCUUAACUUUAAAUUCGGAGGAAUUUUUAGAUGUGAUUGGCACAGCUUUGUUUGAAUUCACGCAAUGACACAAUGAAUAAACUGUAUUUAUUCAAAGUAUUUAUUGAUUUAUUUAUGGGAUUUCUUAUUUAUACCUCUACGGACUGGGUAAAUCGUACGGCCAUGUCUGUAUGCGAGUAUUCAAAAGUCGAUUUCCAUUUGCUUCGUGCAAUGUCUCCAAUUUGUUUCGUACUCUUGUGGCUUUUUACAUUUCUUUUACAGCAAACCUAACAUUUAUGUGCAUAUACAAUUUCUAAGAAAAGUGUUUUGUACAAAGAGAAUUAAACUUUUGUAAUGGUUUUUACCAACAUGACCAACACUCACCAUCAAGAGUUUCAUUCGUGGCAGUCGGCUGGUACUUCGGGCUGGUAGUCACAAGGCUUUCCCACACAUACACAAGCAAGAGCUGCACAGUGACAACAUCCUCACUCUGUUUUCCGACAGUGUGACAAGUAUUUAUGUUUUGGAGAAGAAAACUAUUUUUAUCAUGUAAAAGAACAACAUAUAAAGACAGAUAUUUUUACUUCCCACGAGACUGCAAAAGAUGCUUGAUCAUUCUACAAUCUUGGUUCAUGAUGCUUAGGACUCGGUACUGGCCAACUGUGUGUAAAUGGUUUUAAAAAGAUGUAUUAAAAAUAUAUAUGAAUUUUGAAUUUGUUGUGAAAACGAAAUUUAGUGCACACAGUUCACCCUUUGAAGUUGAUGCACAAGUUUAAA